AUGGCAUUGGCGGUCAUUGUAGCGGCUCGGAAAUUAAGGCCCUAUUUUGACUGUCAUCCAAUUCAGGUGUUAACAGAUCAGCCGUUGGAAAAAGCUCUGCAAAAGAUGGACACCUCUGGGCGCCUAUUGAAAUGGGCCAUUGAAUUGUCGGAGUAUGAUAUUCAGUAUAAGCCGCGAACGGCCAUAAAAGCACAAGCACUGGCGGAUUUCAUGACGGAGGCUUACGAAGAGGCAGAGAUAAAAGAAAAGGAAUCAUGGCUGCUGGAGGUGGACGGAUCUUCGGCCGCGAGCGGAGCUGGGGCCGGUAUUGUGAUAACCAGCCCAGAAGGAAACACCUUCGAGUACGCCAUCAAAUUCGCUUUCCCAGCCUCAAAUAAUGAGUCGGAAUAUGAAGCAGCCAUUGCUGGCUUGAGAAUGUGCAUUGCAGCAGGAGCUAAAAGCGUCCUCUUAAAAACAGAUUCACAGUUGGUUAGCAGUCAGCUUAAAGGAGAAUUUGAAGUCCGAGAGCCCAACAUGGUUAAGUAUGUGGAAAAGGCCAAGGAAAUAAUAGCACAGCUUGAGCAGUUCGAAGUAGAAGCGAUUCCAAGGGCUGAGAACAUGAAGGCGGACUCCCUAUCUAAGCUAGCUAGCUCAGACUCAUUCCAGGUGGAAGGGAUGGUCACGGUGGACAUCCUCAAGGAAAAAAGCAUUGCGCAGAAAGUGGCCAAGGUAUACAGCAUUGACCAGCAAGGGGAAUGGUUUACAGAGCUAGUGAGGUACAAGCAAACAGGAAUGCUCCCGGCAGAUCCCACAGCCGCCAAAAAAUUACAGAAACAAGCAAGUUGGUACGUGAUAUAUCAGAAUGAGUUGUACAAAAAAUCAUUUAGCCUGCCACUGUUAAAAUGCGCAACAUCUGCUGAGGCCGUGAAGAUAAUGGAAGAAAUUCACGAGGGUGUCUGUGGGAACCACAUUGGAGGUAAAGCACUGGCUUUAAAGGCACUCAGGGCUGGAUUCUACUGGCCCAGCAUGUUGUCCGACGCGCAAGGCUAUGUGAAAAGAUGUGAUAAGUGCCAGAAGUUUGCACCGGUGAUAAAUAGGCCCGCCAAUGACUUACAGCCCAUUCUGUGUCCGAUACCAUUCGCUCAGUGGGGAAUGGAUAUUCUGGGACCGUUCACAACCGCGACGGGAGGAAGGCGUUUUUUGAUUGUGGGCAUUGAUUACUUCACAAAGUGGAUCGAAGCGGAGCCGACAGCGAAGAUAAAGGCCAACCAAGUAAAAAAGUUCAUCUGGCAGAACAUUAUGACUAGGUUUGGCAUCCCGGCCGCGAUCGUAUUCGACCACGGAGUCCAAUUUGACUGUAGGCCCAUUCAGUCUUUUCUCUCGGACUUCCGCGUGAAGUUUGCAUAUUCCGCAGUGUGCCAUCCUCAGAGUAACGGUCAGGCAGAGGCCGCCAACAAGCAAAUUCUGAGCGCCUUAAAAAAGAAGCUCGAUGAGUUUAAGGGAAAAUGGGCCGAAAUGGUACCGGCUGUUCUAUGGGCAAAUAGGACAACUGAGAAAGAAGCGACGGGAGAAGCCCUUUCAAGCUAA